GGACACUCACAGACAGACAGUAUUGGCACCUUAUACUAUCUUUUGAUACGGCUACUUUUCAACACUUUGGAAUGUGUUGAAAGAUUACCUCGGCUUUUAGACUAUAAAAACGCAAAUUCCAAAUGUACAAUAAUCCAAGACAAGAGGACACCUUAAAGAGACCUUCCAGCUAGAAGACUUGUUGACAGAAAAAGCUUCAAGCGCCUUUGUCUGUUCAUCUUGAGACGCAACAAGAUGAAACUCCAGGAUAUCAUAGAGGAGAAGAGUAGCUUAUGGAUAUUUGGAUAUGGCUCCCUGUUGUGGAAACCCAACUUUACCUACAAAAGUAGUACAGUUGGCUUUAUUAAAGGAUAUAAAAGACGCUUCUGGCAUGGAGAUGACUUCUACAGAGGGAGCAAGGAAAAUCCAGGAAGAGUGGUCACUCUGAUAGAAGAUGAAGAAGCAUGCACAUGGGGAGUGGCCUUUGAGGUGCCUGGUCCUCAGAUAGAAGAGACCCUCCAUUAUCUAAACAUCCGUGAAGUGGUGAUGGGCAGCUAUAUCACAGAGAUAGUAGAGUUUAUCCCCAGGGAGAGGGGCCAGAGCAACCUGUUCGCCCUGGUCUACAUCGCCACUCCUGAUAACCCCCGAUACCUGGGCCCUGCUCCUGACAUUGAGAUCGCCACUCAGAUCGCCAGCCGCAAAGGAACCCUCGGCCCUAACAUAGAAUACCUGGUGCACCUGGCUAAUUUCAUGAGGCUGUACUGUCCAGGCGUAGAGGACCAUCACCUGUUUACAGUUGAAGAACAUGCUUUGAACUUUGUCCGCAGAGAAAGUGAAAACCCACCACAGAUGCCUGUGCUGGUAGGGGCUGAAUAAAGAACAAUUGUCUCUAUACAAACUUAGUUCUCAAGGGAAAUGGGAAUUUUGUGAGCUUUUUCCUUGGCAGGUCUGGGCAACAAAGCAAACUUCAUAUGUAUUCAUGUUUGUGCUACUGGGAUCUUUAGGGCAUUUACACUUUUUUUUUUUUUUACCUAACUUAGUCUUGACAUGUCA